GAGCGGUGAGAUGUGUUCUUCUUUAGGAGAUUAAAAUAUUCAAAUAUAUCAUAAUGUAGAAUAUAAUGUCAAGCAAAUAAAGAUAUAUUUUAUGAAUCUAAAACUUUAGAAGACUUGAGUGUGACUUCCUCAUAAUUUAUUAAGGAAUGAAUACAUGCACGUACUUUACAUGUUAUUAAGUUAAAGUGGCGUAAUACAUUGGAUACAAUUUUAUUCAGAUCUACAAAGGAAAACAAAUACCAGUCAGCAUGACAACGACAUCCGACCGUGACACAAGUGCAAAUUAUGAUGUGAACAAAUUUGCAAAUAGUUUCAAUUCACAAGAUGAGAGCAACGUUCAACUCAUUUCGGUUACGCCAAAACCUGAGCAGUCAUUCAUAACGAAGAGAAAUGGGGCUGCUCAUUCAGAAUUCGGAAGUCCUGAUGAGAAAAACAAGUUCAUUUCACUCAAUUCAGCCCCAGUGCAGCUGGACCCAGGCUUGGAUUCUCUUCACAGAUCCGCACAAUUUACAAAUGAUGAGAAACACUCACUUGACCAUCCACCCCCAGACAGGUAUAGAAUGGUGUUCUUUAUCUUCCUGAUCCAUGGAAUCGGUAUAUUGAUGCCUUGGAAUAUGUUUAUCACAGCCAAAAAGUAUUUUGAGGACUACAAGUUAGACACACCAACAAGUAAGGAUGCGACGUAUCGCUCAGAGUUUAUGUUCUACUUGGGAAUCGUGUCGCAGGUCUCCUGUGCAUUAAUCAGUUGUGUUAACACGUUCUUCCAGUUUGGAGGUCGGGCUUCGACUAGAAGAAUUGCCAUUGCUAUAUUUAUGAUGGUGAUCAUCUUUAUCUUUACUGUGAUUCUCGCCAUGAUUGAUACUUCCAGCAUACCGCUUAUAUUCUUUGGCCUCACCAUGGCUUCAGCCUCGCUUUUGAAUUGUUGUGGUGGUGUAUAUCAGAACCUGACUUUUGGACUAGCAGCUAUUUUACCCAUGAAAUAUACCAACGCUAUUGUUCUGGGAACGAAUCUCAGUGGUGUGUUCACAUCUGUGAUUAACCUUUUGUCCAUAGCAGGAGCUCCGAAUCCACGCACAUCAGCUGUGUAUUACUUUAUUGUUGCAAUUGUUGUCCUGUUGGUCGCGUUUGACUGUUACUUUUUACUCCCUCUAACUAAAUACUACCAGUAUUACCUGAAGUCAGUGCAUGGCUCGCAACCUGUAGACGAGAAGAAGAUGGCUUGUGGUGAUUAUCUUCGAGCUUUCGUAGAUUCUUGUAAAACCUAUUGGGUAGUUAUAAAGAAGAUCAAACUACAGUUAUUUGGUGUGUGGUGCACGUUUUGCGUGUCGCUCGUCUUGUUUCCGGCCAUACAGAGUAACGUGUUGAUGGUGAGGGAAACAUUCACUAAUGAAAACGGAACAGAAAGUUUGAGAACUGUUACUUUCAGUGAAGAAUUCGAAAAGAAAGGUUAUUGGACCUCAAUCUUUACAUUUCUCAGCUUCAACCUGUUUGCAUUUCUUGGGAAUCUUACAACAGGAUUUAUCAAAUGGCCUGGUCCCAAGCGUGUAUGGAUUCCCAUUGUGUUGCGAGCAUUGGUCUUGAUUCCAGUAUAUUUGCUCUGUAACUACCAGCCAAUCGGUGUUGUUCGCAGAUUUCCGGUUUAUAUUCCCAGUGAUAUAGUGUUUAUACUUGCGGGAAUAAUCAUGGCGUUCACCAGUGGCUACUACAGUAGCCUUUCCAUGAUGUACGGUCCAAAGGAAGUGGAACCUUCUAUGAUGGGUAGAGCAGGUAUGAUGAUGGCAUUCUUCCUCGUACUUGGAAUCACCUCCGGAGUGAACUUGUCCUUAGUACUACAGAGACUGGUUACAACGAAAUUGGUCUGAUAGAAAACAAGAUACGGAUAGGCUACGAUAGAAAAACGUGUGAACUAAUCAUAGGAGUUAAAGUACUCUUAAAAUGAAUAUGACAUUGAAUCGUGUCUAAAACUUAAAACAAGCAUUGAAUAAACUACAGAAUAAUAUGAAAUAAGACACCGCCUAGAAUGGCGAUUUAUCAAUACAUCCUUUUACAAAAAAACUAGUCACUACUCAAAAGAAAGUGAACAUUCGCGAGAACCUAUUCACUUCAAACAGCAAGUUUACAUUUAGUGUCAUCAUACCUGUUACAGCGAAUAUCAUACUUCGCAAAAUUUAUUGGACGCCGGUGUCACGGUGACGUCAUUCGCCACGUUCUCGCACAGGCAUUAGGUUAUAACACACUAAAUAGUUGUUGUUCUUUAUUCUAUAUAACAUUGACCUAUUUCCAACGACCGCAGCACACAUCAGGACCCAUUUUAAAUUUCUGUAACUUACAUUUUCUUGAAGAAUAUUGUCAGUGCUAACUAAAAAUCAAAAGAAAAGUGGGGGUCAUGUUUGAUGCAAGAAAAAUAAUUUCAGUCAAACACACACACUGCAAAAUCAGCUAAAAAAUGAGACCCCAAAUUAUACUGGUGGUGUAUGAUCUAAGUUUCCAUGAAAAAUUUUGUCAUGUUGUUAUUUCAUUAUGAAAAUGCUACCUACAUGUCAAGCAUAGAUCUGUCAUGUGAUUUUAGCAAAAAAAAUUGCAAAGAAAAUAAGGAAAAUAGCUCUACAGAGCAAAAAGACUGAGGAUUAUUUGUAUCCGCCAUUAUGCGACUACCAUUUUUUUCGCGCCAUUUUUCUAUUUAGUGUCUGUAUGCCAUUAGGAUUUUCUCUUUUGUUUGCACAUGGCGCAGAAACUUGGCGGCCUUUAAACUGCCUUACUGUUUAAAAUAUAUAUUUUUCAGUUGCAUAUACAUUUUGAAAUCGAAAAAUAAAAAAUAAAAAAAAAAAGACAUAUUGGCACGAUUUACGAAUUUUUGUGACUGAUUUGGGGUGCUCUAUUACUCAUGCAGACAACCAGUCUGUGGACUGUACAUAAAACGGAAUCGGAAAACAUAAAAUAUUGCCUCCGUAUAUGCAGACAACAAAGACUAAUAACUAUAUACGGACGUUUGCGCCGUGGAUAGAUCCCAUAUAAAUUUUUAUUUAUCAGUUACAUCACAUCUUUCAAAUUAAGGCUUGACAUUUUUCUAUACAUGAUCCGUUUACUUUUAAAACGGACCGCCUGUAAACCGAAAUGAAAUUUGGUUUGUUACUUUUAUAUUUUAUGUCGGGUUUGAUUCAAUUUCUGUUAAACAAGUUUAUUUCAGAAACAUUAUGCCAGCUACAUUAUGUCUAUACUGUUAAGGCUUAAUAUUUUUCCUUUAAAAAAUGGAAUUUUAAAACGGUGAGCCUGUAAACAAGUCACUAUGUAACUUUUUGAAAGAUUUAAACAAUUGCAUUUAUUUUAUGCUAACUGAUGAAAUACUGUGUUUUAUCAGUGAGAUAUAAUCCAUAUCACUCACUGUAAAUGCCGAUCAACUUGUACACUGUGUAUAAAUUUUAAAUUAUUUGCUUAAAACAAGAUGAUAAUUGUAGUCGCACUUUGUUCUUUAUAGUAUAUUUCUCGAUUCAAAUUAUUUUUCUUAAUGAGAAUUUCAUAACGUUAUGCAGCAAAAAAUAAAAUAACAUGGA